CAGAACUUUUACAUAAUCUUGAAAAUCCGUGAGAAUCACAAUGUCGUUCACACAAAUCGCGCGUAACUGCGGCCGACUGGCAGCGGCACUGGGCACCAAACGGAUGGCCAGCAGCGCCGUGGUUCAGUCCCAGGCGGCCAGGAUGAUGCACAGGAUUGCCGUCCCGGCCGUGGCCAAUCAAGUGAGCCAAAAAUUCGCAUUGCGUAGCUAUUCCGCCAAACGCACCAUUGAGGACAUCAAGUUUCGCGUGUUGAAAGUCGUGUCCGCCUACGACAAAGUGACGGCCGAUAAGUUGAAGGUCGACUCCCAUUUCAUCAAUGACCUGGGCCUGGACUCUUUGGACCAUGUGGAGGUCAUUAUGGCCAUGGAGGAUGAGUUUGGAUUCGAGAUCCCAGAUUCCGAUGCCGAGAAACUGCUUAAACCUGCCGACAUUAUUCAGUACGUCGCCGACAAGGAGGAUGUGUAUGAAUAAAAUGUAAUAAUUGUAAUGCAAACCAUGAAACAGAUUACACUUUAAUUUUAAAUCGAGGAGAGGUCAAAUACAAUUUGAACAA